AUGCGUGUCUACACAGGCAAACUGAACACCAACACCAGCUACGCAACCAAAGACGAGGUCAUCACCCUCGUUACCAACGGUGGCUUCCGAACAGGAUCAACUGCCGUCCUCUCCGGACAGUGGACCAAGAGCUUCAGCGGCGAGCUGAAGAGUAACUUUGCCCGAGCCGGCACCAUCACCAAGCUUGAUGGUGAUAAAAUCGAGAUCUUUGUUGGUGAAGAUCAAUACUACUGGUUCGUUGGAAGAGUUAACGGGGAUAAAAUUGUGUUGAACAUGAAGAAGGAUGGUGAUGAUAACUACGGGAAGGCCGAACUGUCUCUUUUCUAUUCCGAGACCUAG